CACUCCUUCAAACGUGUCUUACCAACUCUCUUCUAGAAACAAUUUAGGCUUCACCUUCCUCCUCCAACCUCUCUCUCUCUCUCUCUCAAACAUCUCUCCAUAAAAUCCUAAUUUUCAUCAUCAUAACAAGACAUCAUCAUCAUCAGAGAUGGGAAGGUCUCCAUGUUGCGAGAAAGACCACACGAACAAAGGCGCUUGGACUAAAGAAGAAGAUGAUAAGCUCAUCUCUUACAUCAAAUCUCACGGCGAAGGUUGUUGGCGCUCUCUUCCCAGAUCCGCCGGUCUUCUCCGCUGCGGCAAAAGCUGCCGUCUCCGUUGGAUUAACUAUCUCCGUCCUGAUCUCAAGAGGGGGAAUUUCACCCUCGACGAAGAUGAUCUCAUCAUCAAACUCCAUAGCCUCCUCGGAAACAAGUGGUCUCUUAUUGCGACUAGAUUGCCGGGAAGAACAGAUAACGAGAUUAAAAAUUACUGGAAUACACAUGUAAAGAGGAAGCUUUUAAGAAGAGGAAUUGAUCCCACGACUCAUCGGCCGAUCAACGAGACCAAAACUCCUCGAGAUUCGUCUGAAUCUAGAGAAACAGAGGACUCGCUUGUAAGGAUUCUCUCUUUCGGUCCUCAGUUGGAGAAAAAGGAAAGUUUUGGGCAGGAGAGAAAUCAUCAAAAGGGACUGGUUUGCAAAAAGGAGAGAUUCGAGUACUCAGUUGUCGAAGAGAGAUGCUUAGAUUUGAAUCUUGAGCUUAAAAUCAGCCCGCCAUGGCAAGACCAGCAGCACCAUGCUGAGACGAAACUCUGGUGUGGGAGAGAGAGGCAUCGGUGCACUGCGUGCCGUUUUGGAUUGGGAAACGGAAAGGAGUGUAGCUGUGAUAAUGCGAAAUGUCAAAUAGAGGACAGUAGUAGGAGCAGCAGCUAUUCUUCAAGCGACAUUAGUAGUAGUGUUGUUGGUUAUGACUUCUUGGGCUUAAACACUAGUGUUUUGGAUUUUAGUAGUUUGGAAAUGAACUGAAAUGAAAUGUUAAUGACAAAAAAUCUUAACUAUUAAGAAAAAAGAUAUUCAUAACUGUGAUAUUAACAUAUAGUCAAGUCAUCUUUUGUCGAAUUUGCAUCUUAC